GCUGGUGUAAUGGGGCUGUACUAAACGCCACCCCGGCGCGUGGACUCACCGUCCGCACGCCAUCUGCUUUAGUUGGAGUUGGGAAGCGCGAGGUGCGCAGUAGCCCAUCUAACUUUUUAAUUCUUAGUGGCUUCACAUCCAGUUUUCUCUCUCUUACUCGGUACUCUAUCUCGAUUCCCUCCGGUUUAGUUUUCAACCAGGAUCUGUUUGUGCAGCUGAGCAGCAGAUUUUGGAGCAGUGUCCUCAUCCAGCAGCAGCAGGAGAGUAGAAGAUGCAGAAUCUGGGGACUCUCCUCCUGGUACUGGCCGUGCUCUGCACUCCGGUGUCCAGUCUCUGUCUGCGUGGUUUCCUGUGCGACGGCGAGGGCGAGCUGUUGUCCAGCGCGAGCGCGGACGCGGAACGAGCCUCCGACGCGCCGUACGACGGCGAGGACGCGUCCGAGGAGUCUCGGGAGAGGCGCACCGUGCCAGGCUCCAGCUACAAGUUUCUGAGCCACACCUUGCUGCGGAGCAAGAUGUACGGCAACGGGGAGAGGAGUGACCGGCGCAGCAGGGUGACCCUGUCCCUGGACGUCCCCACCAACCUGAUGAACGCGCUCUUCGACAUCGCCAGAGCCAAAAACCUGCGCGCAAAAGCCGCGCACAACGCGCGCCUCAUGGCGCAGAUCGGCAGGAGGAGGUGAAGCUGCAGCGCGCUCAUCUCUCUCUCUCUCUCUCUCUCUCUCUCUCUUUCUCUCUCUCGCUCUUUCUUUCACUUUUGUAUUAUUAGUGUAUGUUAAAUAAUAUGUAUUUGCCACAAGUGUUAGCAAUAACAUACAGUGCAGACGGACAUGUUAUUAAAAUGAACAGAUAUGUAUAUAAAUCCAUUAUGUGGGGACCUUCUGAAACGCUUAACGUGGCUUCUUAUGAAUAAAUUAUUUUUUAAACA